AUGUGGUGCGAGGACGCCUACGCGUUGAGGUGGCUGACCGGUACCUGUGAUGUCAUCACCAACCCCAUACCAGACACCAGGCGUGUAUACUAUCUGCUGGGGAACAUUUAUAUCCGCAUCGCCGCUUACGCCCCACCUCAAGCCAUCGCCAGUACAUCGGGGACGGUGACGCCGAGGCCAAUGCCUUCCACGUCACUGACGGAGAAGGCUGCGGAUGGCCGAGAGGCCGAAGAAGAGUACCGUGUGGUGCAGCGGUACCUCGGGGAGUUGGAAAGUAGCGGCGUCUACGUCGUCUAUUUCUCCUACUCCCUACCAGCUGAGAGGCAGCUUAAGGCAGUGCGAGGCGUUCCGGCGGACACGGAGCCCGAGGCCAUCAUGACAGAGCUGCGCGACCUCGGGUUCGAGCCGGAACACUCUCAGCCCAUACGCGCCAGGAAGGGGAGACCGGGGUGCAUUUUCCUAGUAAUUCUGCGCCGCACCCCCGACCUCACCCCCGCUAUAUACAAUGUUAAGGAGUUACUAUGUAUACCGGGGGUCACUAUCGAGUCCUGGCGGGGCAAAAGGGGCCCCGCUCAAUGUCACCGGUGCCAAGGGUUCCGGCACUCCUCGCACCAAUGCCACCGGGCUAUAGCCUGUGUGAGGAGCGGGGAGGGACACCGCACCGCAGAUUGCCCCCCUGCCAAAGGGGGCAACGCCGAAGUGCGCCAACUGUAA